GGCAGAGUGUUUUCAGUCAAGCGGGCAGCGGGGAGACAGGACCAGCGAUACGGUCAGGACUUCUGAGCCUCUGGAACUCCUACAACAGCUGCAAUGCUGAUAAGUUUCAUCCUCAGUCUGACUGUAUUACCUGCUGUGGCCUUGCCUGGAUCUUAUCAUUCGGACGGAAUCUUCGAUGGAUUCCAAUCAGACCCCGCCCACUCCAACUGGAAGCUGAGCCAGGAUGGUGACACCAGGCGUCUGGAGUCCAGUGCUGGUUCUGGUGGUGAUAUGCGUGGGGUUCUGGUGAGCGUGACCCUGCUGGAGCCCACUGUGUGGCGCUGCCUGAGGCUGCAUUACCGUGUCACCGCCUCCGCCUCCCUGCAGAUGGCGCUGCGCUCAGAGGGCCUCAGCUUCGAGCAGCCCCUCUGGUCCUCCCACCGGACACCCAGCUCCUCCCCCUCGGACACAUGGAGCCACGUCAGCGUCGACAUCCCCAAGGCUGCACAGCCGUACAGGGUGGUGUUGGAAGGCCUCGCAGGUGGAGGAGGAGGGGCCAACUCUGUGUCCGUCGCUGACAUUCAGCUGACUGAUGGAUACUGCAUUGAGUGUGACUUUGAGGAAGAGCACCUGUGUGGCUACAGCAACCAGCCGAAUGGUACGGUAAAGUGGUCCGUGGGGGGCCGGCUUUCACAGGCCUCGGACAACACUUCAGGCCAUCACAUGUUUGCUGACUCCGCCCAGGCCCGGACGUUACAGGAAGUGUCCCAGCUGCUGUCGCCCCUGACGACGGAGCCCCUGCUGGGCUGCCUGAGCUUCCUGUACCAGCUGCAGCAGGCCGAGGGCCAGUGGUUCUCCCUGCACGCCCGCGACCGCCAGGGGCAGUACCAGGGGCUGUGGAGGGCCCCCGAGCCCAGCCAGCACCUCCAGGAGUGGGUACCCGUCAAGGUGGACCUGAAGGCUCCGUACCCUGUUCAGCUGGUGUUUGAGGUGGCCUAUAACAGUGCCACUGUGGGGCGUGUGCUGCUGGACGACAUCUCCUUCUCUCCCGAGUUCUGCAAUGCAGCAACAGAGCCCCUGUUUGACACCUCUGUGGCCAGCUGUGACUUUGAGUCGGGUUUCUGUCGCUACAGACAGACUGGGCCUAGCGCCCCCAUGUGGAAGAGAGUGGCAAUGGCACCGAACCCCUACCAGGCAGGGGACCACACCACUGGAUCAGGAUCGUUCCUGCUGACUGCUCCAAAUGUUGCCGAUCGUUCCUCCUCCUACGUGAGUCGGCUGGUGGGCCCGGUGCUGCCCGGCCCGCGGAGGUUCUGCCUGCGCUUCUUCUCCUCGCUGCGUGGAGGCUUGGGCUCAGCGGCGCCCCCUCUGGCCGUCUACCUGCAGCACGUGUCCAGCGGAGGGCUGCGGGAGGUGUGGCAUCAGACCCAGAGCACCAGAGACGUCUGGAUCAAGCACGAGGUCACGGUCAACACAAAGCACAGUGCUCAGCAUGUGCUGUUUGUCAGUGCUUGUAAGAGCUUCUGGAACUGCACAUCCGUUGCCCUUGACGACAUCAGCCUGACCCUGGGGGACUGUGCGCCACCUGCUGGCUGCCCCGACUCCCUCCUGUGUGACUUUGAGGCGGGGCUGUGUGACUACUCCCAGGACCAAGACGACUCAGCUGAUUGGCUGAGGACUAGAGGCCCCACCCCCACCGCCUUCACUGGACCAAUAGGAGACCACACCUCUGGCAGAGGACAUUACCUGCACAUCGAGGCAUCUAACAUGCUGUCGGGGCAGCAGGCGCGGCUGGUCUCUGGUCCCCUGCGGGGGUCGCGGGGGCAGCAGUGCCUGCGCUUCUUCUACUGCCUGUACGGCACGGGCACCGGGGACCUCCGCGUCCUGCUGCGCAAGAGGAACACAGCCCUAACGACAGGCCUGGGGCUGAGUGGAAAGGAUGCGGAUGUGGUGCUAUGGCAACGGUCUGGUGAGCAGGGCAUCUCGUGGCUGAGGGCCACGGUGAACUACCAGUGUGGCGAACAGCAUCAGAUUGUGUUCGAGGCCUCCAGAGGAUCCUCAGUGCUUAGUGACACUGCCAUCGAUGACAUCACAUUUGAGCGAGGACCAUGUUCAGGAGGUUCGAGGGCAGGGUUGCCAUAUGUCCCUUAA